AUGGAGAAACGGACUUCUGUCGAGCUCGUCGAAAACGGCUUCGGGCUCGCGGCGCGAGAUGGUUCAGCAGAAGUCGUGCAUGAUCCACAUGACCCCAUGAAAUGGAGUUGGCUCCAGAAGCACAGUAUUCUGGCGUGUAUCUCUUUGCUAGGUGGGCUUGGUACCUAUGCUGGUCUAUUCAUUGUUCCCGCGUACGGCUUGAUGUCAGCGCAGUUCGGAAAGUCUGUCACGGAGGUAUCGUAUCUGGUGGGGAUAUAUGUGCUGGUACUCGGCGCAGGUCCUCUGAUAUGGAACCCAUUCGCACAGACUCUCGGCCGUAGGCCCGUGUACAUUGUUUCAACUGCAGUGGCGCUUGGUGGUGCCAUCUGGGGUGCGUGUGCCCGCUCCUAUGGGUCAAUGGCUGGUGCUCGUGUUCUCCUCGCUUUCGGCUUGAGCGCCGUACACGCGCUCGGCGGCAUCACGGUUGCAGACAUAUUUCCAAGAGGAGUCAGAGGUGAAAAGAUGGGGUGGUGGACACUACUGACAACGCUGGGACCGUUCUUGGGACCGAUUCUCGCUGCGUACAUCGUCCAGGGGACGGGUAACUGGUAUUGGAUAUUUGGUCACCUUGCUAUCGCAUUGGGUGCAAUUCUGAUCUACAUUGUCUUUUUCGUCCCCGAGACCUUAUAUUUCGAAGGCAACAUCCAAGAACAACACCAGGCGAGAAGGCUCUCCAUCAGGCUCAAGCCUUUCGAACACGCAGAAGUCCCAAAAUGGUCCACUGCUUUUUUCAGACCGCUCAUCAUGCUCCGAUACCCAGCCUGUUGGCUCCCAGCCUUCUGGUUCGCGUGGACAUUCUCAUGGUCCGUCGGCAUCGGCACUAUCAUCACCAUCCUCUUCCGGCGGUACUACCACCUCACUGCCCCGAACGUCAACCUCGUCUACAUCGCUCCCUUGGUCGGGGCCGUCCUGGGUGAGCUGGCCGGCGGGCCGUUCAGCGACUUUGUCGUGCGGCGGCUGACGUGGCGGAACCAUGGCCAGAGGCGACCCGAGAUGCGCCUCCAUGCCAUGUACCCGGCCCUCGUGUGCAUCGUCGUCGGGCUCGUCGUGUUUGGCGUGACGCUGCAGCAGCAGAGACACUAUGUCAUACCUCUCGUGGGACUCGCGAUCUUCAUAUUCGGAAUGCAGGCCUCGACAACCGUUGUCUUCACAUACCCGGUGGACUGCUACCUCGCCCAAGGCGCCGACGCUCUAGCCCUCAUAGGCGGCCUCAAGAACGUCGUCUCCUUCGUGAUCCCCUUCUACAUCAACCCAAUGGUGGACUCAAUCGGCGUGCAGACGACCUUCGUCGCGAUGGCCAUGAUCAGCCUGGGACUGUUUUUCAUUUUUGUCUUCUCCCUCGUCUUCUGCGGGGAGCGCCUGCGCGAGCGUUCCGGCCAGCCGGGCUGGAACCGGUCCAAGGUCAGGCCGCCGGCGGCUGCUGUCGCUGCGGCGACGAGGGAGCCUUGA